CUCUAUAUGCAUUACUUCCAAACAAAUGGCUUCGCCAAAAGCAGGAAGCAGCAGUAGUACUGCUCCAUUGAGCAGUGUUCAGGAGCUUGCCAAGGAGCCCUUUCUCGGCGCCAUCCCUUCCUGCUUUCUCCUCUUAGAUCAAGAAUCUUCAUCCUCCUUCCAUGGCGACCCUCUCUCCACCAUCCCUGUCAUUGACAUGAAGCAACUGGCCAUGGCUGAAACAGAUCACUCUCAACUGGACAAGCUUCACUCUAUCUGCCAAGACUGGGGAAUCUUUCAGUUGGUGAAUCAUGGAGUUGGGGCUUCACUGAUAGAGAAGCUGAAACAUGAGAUUGUGGAGUUCUACAAGCUUCCAGUGGAAGAGAAGAUGAGAUACAAGACGAGGCCAGGUGAUGUGGAAGGGUAUGGACAGACAAAAGUGAUCCAAGAAGGUCAAAAAGUUGACUGGGCUGAUAGGUUUUACAUGAUAAUCAACCCUCUCCAUAGGAGACAGCCACAUCUCUUACCAGAGCUUCCUUCUUCCCUCAGGGAAACCUUGGAGUCAUACUUCUUAGAGCUGCAAAAACUAGCCAUGAAACUUUUUGGGCUGCUGGCAAAGGCUCUGAAGAUCGAAGAAACUGAAAUGAAAGCUAUAUUUGAAGAUGGGAUGCAAUCAACUAGAUUGACCUACUAUCCUCCAUGUCCGCAGCCGGACAUGGUGGUGGGGUUGACGCCCCAUUCCGACGCCACCGGCAUCACUAUCCUUCUGCAAGUCAAUGGAGUCGAAGGCUUACAAAUCAAGAGAGAUGGCGUCUGGAUCCCUGUCAGCUUCCUCCCAGAUGCCUUCGUCGUUAAUGUGGGAGACAUUCUAGAGAUACUGAGCAAUGGGUUGUACAACAGCAUUGAGCACAGAGCAAUAGUGAAUUCCACGAAGGAGAGAAUAUCCAUAGCUGUAUUCUUCAACGCCAAGUUCGAAGCAGAGUUGGGACCUUCAGCUACGCUUGUGAGCCCUGAAAACCCUCCAUUGUUUAAAAGGGUUGGGAUGGGGAAGUAUGUAAAAGAUUUCUUUUCACGUAAGAUGGAGGGCAAAUCAUUCUUGGAUCGAAUGAGGAUGUCGACGACUGCAGAUGAAGAACAAAAUGUUACUUGAAAAAUCUUGACGAUCGAUCGAUCGAUGCAUAUAUAUAUAUAUAUGAGAUUGGCAAUGUCUAUAUAUAUAUGUACAGCCUGAAAUGUCACUUGAAAAUAAGCCUUAGCAUUCGAAUAAUCAGGUUGUUUGGGUGGCUUUUGUCUUUAAUUCUUGUUAAUUAAUUUGUGAAUAAAUGUAUAUGAUGAUUGCUUGUGAUUCCAAAAGCCCAGCAUGAAUGAGUUAAGGUCUCUGUUUCCUCUGAUUUAAAA